AUGGCGAAACUGCUAAAAGGAAACUUGGAGAAUGUGGACCUCAACUCGCCAUUGUUCAGGUACUUGUGCGCUCAAUCUCAGAGUCAAUCAUCGAUGGAUGCCUUGAAGCAGCAUCGUUGCCACCUCUCGCAGCUCUCGCCUUUGGAGAAUCUGAUGGAGAGGUCACCGCCUUCGAUAGUUUAUAGAAAGCAUGUGAGAGGGGUGCAGAGGGAGGAGGUUCUGGUCAUGGAUGGUGUUUCAGUCACCAGAGGAGGAAGGAGCUCAAUGUCUGCUUCUGAUCUGUUGUCAUCUUCUUCUUCUUCGGAUUCUCCGGGGAAGAUUCUGUACCAGACCGACCUUUGUAGGUCCUGGGAGGAUUCUGGAAGCUGCUGCUACACCUCCAAAGGCCAGGGAGAGACUGAACGAAAGAGAGGGAGGGAAUUGGAUUUUUAUUAUUUAUUUUUAACCCUCAAAUUAACAGCCAAAUUGACGGAAGGACUCAAUUAG